GCACGGCUACACCAGUUAAAAGCACGCAUUGUUUCUAACGUCGAGCUUUUGAUGUGGAGAAUCAAAUGGCAUAUUUGUAUAAACUCGACAUCAGGCCAAUUUUGACUUCUCCUAACAUAAUGAGGGAAACCUAUUGAUGCGACAUUCAAAUCAUUUCAGCUCAAUAUAUUUGUGUCCAUGCAAAUGAAAAAUUAGAUCCGGCGCUACGUAUGUAUCGGGUCUUAGUCUCAGGUUGGGUCCCCAAAGUGAAGGUUCGUCUCGCGCGACAAAAAUUGCUAGUGUAGACGGGGCUUCUAGAAAAGAGCUUUUUCCCACGAGAAAAUUCGCGAGCGCGUGUGCAAGAUAUGACGUGCGUGCGAGAAUUAUUACACAAUGCGCCUCGCGCUUCUUUCAAACCGCAUUGAGCACAAAAUAUCCCACCUUAGAACUUGUAUGUUAUAGUACGCAAUUUUCGCUGAUCGUAUAUAUGGGAAACCCUUUUUGGUCCUCCUGGGCCUCUCUUGUAGGGGCCUCUUCUAAGGAGCCAGCAAAAGAGUUACGUUUCCUAGUGCUAGGCCCUGUAGGCAGCGGUAAAUCUAAGUUCAUUGAAAAUAUCCUAUCGACCCUGUGUGGAUGGGUAGAACAAAAAGCUGUAUCUUUGCUACAACAUACUGGCUCUUUGAACUCUGCGUACUGUGAUUAUAAUUUCGUUACAUUAAACGGCACCGAAGUAUGGAAAAUUACGGAUACCAUGGGAAUCCAUCAAUCUAAAGGCCGUGGCAUCUUCGACUUAUGGAAUCUCAUCGACAGCCAUCGAUCGCAGUUCGAAAAAGAUAGUGAUGAAGAAAGACAUAUCAAUAAUUUGCCGAACUGCGUGGGGAUUGUAAUAAGUGCACCGAGUGUGCAGUCCAUGACCUGCGCCAUAUGGGUUAAAAUGAGUAUCCUUGUGGACGCGACAUUAUCUAAAGGUAUUCCUGUUGUAGUGAUUCUGACAAAAAUCGACCAAGUCUGUGCUUCCGUGGGAAACCUCCCUUGCAACAUAUUCAACGAUCCAACAUUACAGGACCUCGCUCGUAAAGUCAACCAAUGGAUUCCUCAAGUGCCAUUCAGCCGGAUUCUACCAAUCACAAACGAGAAAAACGAGGGGGAAAACAUGCUGACGCUCCUCGCUUUAAAGAAAAUCCGUUGCCUUUCUGAGAACAACGUAAAGGAUGUUCAAACUAGAGUAGAGUGUCUAAAAGUUCCUCACCCUUCAUAUAGCAAUUCCACAAUUCUUAAAGUCCUAGUUUUUCUGCUGUUAGUUUUAGUUGUUAUUUUAGUGGCAUUGAAUUCAGGUUUGAUCAAAAGUCGAUUGGUCGUGCAUGAUGAUGCUGUUGUAUGGUUCGCGAAAUUUUCGCAGACAUUCUCAUUUGUGUGUGGCUACAUGCCGGAUCAACUUACAAACGGGCUAGAGUAUGAGCUUACAGCGGACGAAGAAUACUUAUAAGAUUACUUUAGGCACUAAAAUAUCUGCUGGAAGUUUGUCCUAUUUGCGAAUGGAAAAGAAAUUUAUCAAUAAAGAAACAUUGUAUUAAUGCUUUU